CUCCUUGUACGUGAGAAACCGAACAUCUCCAAGCUAAAAUAUUGUCCCGACAGUGUCAUUUAAGUUCCGUUUUUGGACGAAGAACCAGGUGGAGUAUUAAAAGAAGGCAUCUUUUGGUCAAGAUUAGUGUCUUAUUAUACCCUGAGGACCACAACGGACCGUCAGUGAUGUCCUAUGUGUUCAUCAACGACUCCCCGCAGACAGUGCCUUUACUUCAGGCCUGCAUUGACGGCGACCUGGGCUACUGCAAGCGCCUGCUAGAAUGUGGCUUUGACCCAAACACCCGGGACUGCCGCGGGCGCACGGGCAUGCAUCUCGGAGCUGCGAGGGGAAACGUAGAAGUAUGCCGUCUCAUGCACAAAUUCGGGGCAGAUCUUUUGGCUACAGACGUGCACGGAAACACUGCCCUGCACAUGUGCGGUCAUGUCGACACAAUCCAGUUUCUGGUCUCAAAUGGACUGAAGAUUGACAUUUGUAAUCACAAUGGAGCGACGCCUCUCGUCCUGGCGAAGAGGCGAGGCGUGAACAAGGAUGCGCUGCGUCUCCUGGAGGGGCUGGAGGAGCAGGAGGUGAAGGGCUUCAACAGGAGCUCCCACUCCAGCCUCGAGAAGAUGCACCUCGCCGAGAACGAAAGUGCCAUGGAGAGCCACUCAUUGCUCAACCCCCACCUGCAUGACAGUGAGGGCGUGCUGUCCAGCUUCCGCACCACGUGGCAGGAGUUUGUGGAGGACCUGGGCUUCUGGAGGGUGCUGCUGCUGCUGCUGGUCAUCGCACUGCUCUCCCUCGGCAUAGCCUACUACGUCAGUGGGGUGCUGCCCUUCGCCUCCAACCAGCUGGAGCUGGUGCGCUGAUCCAACCACGCCAGGGGUGCGUUUCUCGAAAGCAUAGUUGUUAGCCACUUCGGUAGUUGCCAAUGGGAAAUUGCAUUGCAAACAACAAAGUAGCUAAUGUAGUUAGCAACUAUGGUUUCAUCUACACGUUGUGUUGAUACGUAAACUGAUAGCAAAAAUACAAUCCUGUGUCUCAUAUUCCAAAUGACCACCUGGUUUUACCUGGCCAAGUAGGACAAUUGGAGGGGUAAAACCAGGCCGUUUGGAAUAUGUGGCACUGGAUUACAACUUCUGAUUCCCGUUUGUCCAUCACCGUGUUAGAGCAACAUGUUAACUUGAUAGGUGCACAAAAUUCUGGGGUCCAUUUCUCGAAACCAUAGUUGCUAAUACGUUAGCUACUUUGUAAAGAGCAGAGAGCGGGUCCGAGGCAUGUCUGAAGUAAAGUUAAAGUUCUUUAUUUUUCCAAGUUGGACAUCAAGUCGACAAGUUUUGUUCGUACGUUAGCUACUUUGUUGGUUGCGAUGCAAUUUCCCAUUGGCAACUACCAAAGUUGGUAACUGGCUAACAACUAUGCUUUAGAGAAAUGCACCCCCAGGUUCCUCCUUCCUUGACUCGGCGGAUUGUGGCGUGAGGCACAUCAUCGAUGAUCAACUUUUUAUUUAAUGUCUUGCAAAAAUAUAAUUCAGAAGGUCAGAGGCUGGAGGAAAGGAUGGGAGGAGGAACUAGAAUGAUUUCUGCCAUUAUCUCUACUGCAUCCAUUUACCUUCCUUACUGUUUGGAACCAUGUACUUGCAUUCAGUGCAUUCAGAACCUAUUCAGUAUUCUUUUCUCAUGUGUUUAUGUUGCAUCCUGUUCAAAUUGUUUAGUAUAUUCCUUUUUUUCAUUGUGUCUCGAUGUGAGUCUUUUGGCAGACACAGCACGGCAGCUGAAUUAGCUAGAGAUUAAUGCCAGCUGAAGUGUACAGUCAAUGUAAGAGGAUCAACCCAAGUAAUUCACAAUUGUUGUGUCAGUAGUAAUACAUUGUGUAUGGAAUUUAUUCAUCAAAAUGUCAAUUUGUCAAUUAUGUGUCCACCUCGCCAUUAAUUUUUGGUAUAGGUUUGCAAUACAUGUAACAAAAGGCUUAAAAUAUAAAAUAACACUAUUGAUUUACAAACUUGGGCCCACUGACAAUGCUUGCAUGUAAUGAACACAUGUAUUUAAAUGCUGAUGUGCAAUAAUGGUUUAUUAUCAUUAUGCGUGGGUGUUAUAAUUACCAAAUAACUAUUUUUUUUAAAAUUGAGAUUGAGAUUGAGAAUGAUAAUGACUGAUGAUGAUGUAAUGAUGAUCAUUCUUUCAUGAUACACCGAUUUACAUUUCAUCCAAAGCUGUGGCUCACUUGUACAAAGACUGCAAAGUGCACACUCAGCUUUGUAUAAAAUUAAUAAAACAAGUAGGCCUACAGCAAACUGAACAGAGACCUUUUUUACAUUUCAUGCAAGACUGAUUAAAUGUUUCUAUAGAGUAGACUGACCAGUCAUCUUUGUGCUGUCAAUUGAUAUGUAUGUUUUCCUUGCUUAUUUCAUAAUGAAGUCAUAUUUGUAUUGUCCAUUGUAAUAUCAAUAUUUCUCAAUAAAGUAUUUGAACAUAUCACUAA